UUUUUUUUUAAGGAAUAUGUCUAACCAUGGUUAACCCCAAAGUACCAUUGAAGCUCAGCUCGGGCUUCAGAUUUGAAUAGUGAUUGAGAACCUUCUCUUUUUGGGGUACCCAUCAAAUUUCAGAGCUCAAAUUUUCUCCUAUUCAAGUUCGCUUUAGGUUGUUAUCAAGACUCUAAUGGCCAAGAGAGUGGCCUUUGUUGAAUAUGACAAUUCCCAAGCAACACUUAUCCAGUUUGAACGUUUGAGCUGUCAUUAGGGAUUCAUUCAAGGAAUAAGCAGUAUAAUACCGACUUGCAGCAUAUCGACAGAAGAUAAGAAAAGAGGCUGACAGCAUCCACACCCAUGAUGAAACUCUUUGAUUCUCAUUGUCACCUUCAAGAUCCAAGGAUCAUUAAUAUGGUCCCAAAAAUUAUAAGGACCACAACUGAAACAGGAGUUGUCCAUUUUGCUGUCAAUGGCGUGUCGGAGAAAGAUUGGCAUUUGGUCAAAGAAAUGAGUGAAAGCUACCCUUGUAUUGUUCCAAACUUUGGGCUCCAUCCCUGGUUUAUUACUGAGAGGACUCCUAAUUGGCUGAAAACUUUGAGAGGAUAUUUGGAGGCUACUCCUGCUGCUGCAGUCGGAGAGAUUGGUAUAGAUAAAGGUUCAUUUGGAAAGAAGAUUGACUUUGCUGAUCAGGUGGAUGUCUGUCGACAGCAGCUUCAACUUGCCAACGAGUUGGAAAGACCAGCAUCCAUACAUUGUGUUCGUGCUUUCGGGGAUCUUCUUGAAUUAUUAAAAUCUGUGGGGCCAGUUCCUGCCGGUUUUAUCCUGCACUCGUACCUUGGCUCUGCUGAAAUGGUUCCUGAAUUUGCAAAGCUUGGUGCUUACUUCUCCUUUUCUGGGUUUCUUAUGUCCAUGAAGGAAAGCAAAGCGAAGAAAAUGUUAAAGUCAGUUCCUAAGGACAGGAUCUUGUUGGAGACAGAUGCACCAGAUGCUUUGCCAAAAUUGAGCGAUCCAGAUUCUCUGUAUUUGAUUGAGAGGGAAGCUUCAUUAUCUGAUGAAAGUUCAAGUGGAGGAGGAACUAAUGAUGGAAAUCCGUCUGAUAAUUCACCCCAGGAGGACAAAGGCAAUGAACGACAGGCACAAACAAUCCAUAACCAUCCUGCAAACAUUCACCAUGUACUCUCUUAUGUUGCGUCUUUAGUUGAGCUGACAAAAGAAGAACUUGCUGAGAUAAGCUUCGCAAAUGCAUCCCGGCUCUUUUCUUAUGAAGGUUCAAAAGUACAGCAACAGGUAUAAAGUGCAAAUUGGAGCUGUGUCAUUGAAGACAGCUCAAAGCAUUCUUAGGCUUUUCAUAAUGUGACUGGGCAAAUAUAUCUCUUUUGUGUUCAACUAUUGUAUCAAAGUUUGUGGUUGCAUUAGUACAUCAAAUUCUUCGCUUAUUAUCUUUUUAACUUUUGGCUUGUAAAGUUGCUUAAACUGUACCCAGAGACCAUUUUUACUAGAGAAAUA